AUGCCAGUGUAUACGGUUUCUAAUGUCCAGAAUUUGAGAAUUUGUGUUGUAAUGGUGGGGCUUCCCGCAAGAGGCAAAUCCUUCAUUUCGCAAAAAAUCGUUCGUUACCUGUCAUGGCUGUCUAUCAAGUCCAGGUGCUUCAAUGUUGGCAACUACAGGCGUCAGGAUGCUCCAAGACCUAGUGCUGAUUUUUUCGACGCUUCGAAUGAGGAAGCAUAUAAAAUCAGAGAACAAGCAGUGACCCAAGCAGUCCAUGACAUGAUGAAUUGGUUUGCUGACGAGGAAGGGGUUGUGGCGAUCCUCGACGCAACAAAUUCAACUAGAGAAAGAAGAAACUGGAUCUUAAAGCUAUGUAGAGAGAACUCUAUUGAGCCAAUGUUCCUUGAAAGUUGGUGCGAUGACAAGGAUUUGAUUCUCAGAAACAUAGCCGACGUCAAGACAUCGUCACCGGACUACAAAGGGGUUAAUCCGGAGGAUGCCUCGGCGGACUUUCUAAAGCGCAUUGGAAAGUACGAGCAGGUAUAUCAGACGCUAGAUGCAGACAAAGACAGAGAUCUCACAUUUGUACGAAUGAUCAAUAUUGCAGAACAAGUUAUCAUCAACAGAGUGGAGACAUACCUGGAAAGUAGAAUUGUCUUUUACGUGAUGAAUUUGCAUAUCAAACCGCGAUACAUCUGGCUCUCAAGGCACGGAGAGUCGAUCUACAAUCUGGAGAAAAAAAUCGGCGGCGAUUCGUCAUUGUCACCCAGAGGACUACAGUACGCUAAGAAACUCCCUGAGUUUGUUCGCGAGUCAGCUGGAGAUAGAGAUUUAACUGUGUGGACAUCCACGCUGAUCAGGACACAAGAGACAGCACAGCAUCUGCCAUACAGACAAUUACAAUGGAAAGCACUCGACGAACUAGAUGCUGGGGUAUGCGAUGGUAUGACGUAUGAAGAAAUUGAAGAAACAUUCCCCGAAGACUUCAAAGCUAGGGACGAGGACAAAUACGAGUACCGGUACCGGGGCGGUGAAUCUUAUCGUGAUGUGGUAAUUAGGCUGGAACCGAUAAUAAUGGAACUAGAGCGCCAAGAAAAUAUUCUUAUUAUAACGCAUCAGGCUGUGCUAAGGUGCAUUUAUGCUUAUUUCAUGAAUGUUCCGCAGGAGGAAUCGCCAUGGAUGUCAAUUCCUCUUCAUACAUUGAUCAGGCUUGAGCCCAGGGCGUAUGCGACUCACGUUACGAGACUAAAGGCGGAUAUUCCUGCCGUAAGUACCUACAAGGGGAAGGGAACCAGUCAAGUUGGGGAAAACAGCUCGGAGACAAAUAAAUCGCUACAUGUGCUGACGGAUUCAAAUACAAACAACUAA